ACUGCUUUGCGACCUACCUAGGCACCACCACCCCAUCGCCGGCCGCAAGUAACUCUGAGCUAUCAGCCCCUCACCAUGCCUCUCACUGCGCUGAAGACGGUAGCCCAGGCCCAGAAUGGCGUUGGUGCCUUUAUCCUCCAGUGCAAGCGCCUUGACUUUCACUACUGCGAUUGGGCCGGUAGCUCCAAGGGCAUGAAUGUCUUCCUCAGGAAGACGCUCCCUCGUUUCGCCUCCGCCAACCCGCAAAUCGAAAUGACUGUGAGCCCGCGUCCGCGCAAGGACCCCGUCAUCAUCGGCCACUACAUCAACGGACGUACCAAGGCGAUAUGCGUUCGCAAACUGGAAGCGAAUCAGAUUCUGAAAAAGGCAGAGUUGCUGCGCGACUCCAGCGGCGAGCGUAAUCGCCGAACCAUCACCAAGCCCGUCAAGUCUAUCAAUGAGAGCGUGCGUGGCAUUUGGAGUCCGUUCCAUGGCGCGAGGUACCAGAUCUAGAAACGUCGAAUGGAAUGAUAGUCGGGGCCAACCUAGGGCAAAUGGUGCUGCAGAAAGACGAAUGUUUGUACAAUGGCAUGGACGGCGUAAAAUUUGGGUAGUUACCAUGGGAUGUACAGGUACAUAGAAGAGCUGAGGCCAAAAGAAAACCAUUGGCACUCUUCACACGGCAUGGCCGUUUCAACGAAGUCAUUAUUUUUGGAAUCUUGUUUCAUUCAUGGAUAGUAUCUUCGAUCAAGCCUUGGCUUGUCCCUCU